AUGGGAUCCCUGACGUUAAUAUCCCAACAGAUCGUGCUCUACUGGAGCUCAAUUACUCUUAUUACUGGUGUUUUUGGAGGAAUUAUAAAUUGUAUUGUAUUUUUAAGUCUGAAAACAUUUCGACAAAACUCCUGUGUGUUCUAUCUCACCGUCAUGUCAUUUUUCAACAUCGGUCAAUUACUUAUGAGCGUUUUUUCUCGUAUAAUGAUAUCAGGAUUUGACAUCGAUUGGACACAAACUUCCUUGUUUUAUUGUAAAUUUCGACAGAUGUUUCUACAUUUAUGCUCGUUGAUGUCAUUUUCGUGUAUGUGUCUGGCCACUGUCGAUCAAUUCAUGGUGACAAGUGUUCGCCGACGAUGGCAAUUGUUUUGCAAUAUCAAAUUAGCACGUUGGCUUUCCUUCAUCUUGACUCUCUUUUGGAUUUUACAUGAAAUACCAGCAUUAGUUUAUUCAGAUCAUGUGGUUAAAGCUUCAAAUAAAAUCUCAUGUUCAAAUGUAAACCUCAUUUAUCAACAAUAUGUAGCUUAUGUUUAUGUCUUAUUAUUGACUGGUAUUAUUCCCAUCAUUAUCAAUAUACUCUUUGGUUCGUUAGCUUAUUAUAAUGUCAGACAAAUACCGUAUCGAGCAGUACCGAUAGUUCGACGUGAACUGGACAAACAACUGACAUCGAUGGUUUUAGUUCAAGUUGUUUACAAUGUUAUUGUGGUUGUCCCAUUCAUUGUUGUUGUUAUUCUUAUGCAAAGCACAAAUUUAUCACGCGAUUCAGAUACCGCUGAGGCAUUUAACUUCGCGUAUACUAUCGUCGGUAAUUUGUUUUACAUGUAUUUUGUCGGACCAUUCUACAUAUACAUCUGCACAUCCAAACGAUUCCGACAACAAUUUUUGUAUGUUAUCUGCCAUCGUUACUACCAAGAGAAUCAACAAAGGAUUGUUAUCAUGCAGCAAAUUGUACCAUAUCUAUAG